AUGAAGUUUAUUUUAUUUACAUCUCAAGUGGCUGGAUUUGUGGAUAAUGUCAUGACAAUUCCUCUAAAAAAGCUCAUAAAGUACAGACAUCCACUCAAAUUUAACUUACUUUUGCCAUUAUUUACAACAACCCACAAGGAGUACGAAUGGAAAAUGAAAGAUAAACAAAUUGGGACAAGAAGAAGAUCUAUGAAGGAUUUUCUACAAAGCUUAUUUUGGGAACAUGAAAUGGCUAUUAAUUUUAACCUUUUCUGUAAUUAA